AUGGGUUUUAUUGUUAGUACUUGUAAAAAUGAUAAAUCUCACUAUUUUGAAUACAAUGAGAAUCAUGAGCCAUCAGCACCCAUUCAGAGAAUUAGAAGGAUUAAUUCUGUCCCUCCGUUUGAGGAAUCUGUCAUUUUUGGUUCCUGUAAUGGUUUAUUAUGUUUUGCUCAAAGCCCUUGGUUCGUUGAACAAACUUUUAAUUCUGUCUGUAUUUGUAACCCUCGUACAAAAGAGUAUGUUGUGGUUCCGGAAAUUAAGAUAGAUCGUGCUGAUACUUUUUGUUGGGCGACUGGAUUUGGUUAUAUUUCUUCAACUAAUGAGUACAAAGUUGUUGGAGUAUGUCAGUGGAGGGAGCUAGAUUUUGUAGAAGUUCUUGUAUACACAUUAGGCAGUGGCAAUGUAUGGAGAAACCUCGGAAAGUUCAAUGUUGGAUGCAACGAAGCUUGGGGACACAGUAUCUUUUUCAAUGAAGCUCUUUAUUGGCUAGACGUUGGAUUACAAAUGAUCUUUGUCUUUGAUUUGGCUGAAGAAAAGUUUCGCGAACACCCUCCACCACCUCCUUUGCCAACAGAGAGUAACUUUCUUAAUAAUAGAAUAGGGGUUUCGGAUGGAUUUCUGUUUUUCACUUAUUGUCUAAUUGUCAGAGGGAUCACAUAUUAUGACACAUGGCUAUUAAGAAAGAAAAAUGAUGAUCAUGACAUGAAAGAGAAUGAGGAACAUCAGUCAUUGGGUUGCCGCUGCGAAGAAUGGAAGGGUUUUAACUUACAGGGAUAA